AUGAUUCCCUCCUAUCCGUCGCAUGGUCCUCCUCUCCCUGGUUCCAUGGUACCACCACCUCCAGCUGGUGCCCAAAGACCUGGAGGAAAUAGUAAUCCAAGUUAUUUUACUGACAAGAAGAAAGGGGAAGUGAAUGAACUUAAGAAUCUACUACGAGAAGUGACGGUUGAAAAAGAUGUGAAACGUAAGCGUGAGAUUAUUAAAAAGGUCAUUGCUUAUAUGACACUUGGUAUCGAUGUAUCUCGUCUUUUUAGUGAAAUGGUCUUAUGUGUGGAUACAAAGGACCUUAUUUCAAAGAAAAUGGUUUAUCUCUACCUGACAAAUUACGCUCAGAAAAACUCGGAAUUGGCUAUUAUGUGUAUCAAUACCCUUUUAAAUGAUUGUCGGAAUGAAGAUCCGAUGGUACGUGGAUUAGCACUACGUUCACUCUGUUCUCUUCGUCUUGAUUCGAUUCUGGAGUAUAUUCAUGAUCCAUUACAAGCUUCAUUAACUGAUACAAGUGCUUAUGUACGCAAGACUGGAGUGAUUGGUAUUUUGAAAGUAUAUUCACUUAAUCCUGAGAUUAUUAAAGAAAGCGACAUGAUUGAUACAUUGUACAACAUGAUUCGAGAUCGAGAUCCUCAAGUUGUUUCCAAUUGUUUGGUGGCUCUUAAUGAAAUUAUGGCUGAUGAAGGAGGAAUUGCUAUUAAUCAACCAAUUGUGAUGCAUUUGCUAAGCCGCAUCACCGACUUUAAUGAAUGGGGUCAAUGUAAUAUCUUGCAAAUUGUUGCCAAGUACAAACCAACAGGUCCAGACGAAGUAUUUACAAUCAUGAAUACACUUGAACAGUGUCUACGUGUGUCUAAUAGCGCUGUGGUACUUGGUACAGCCAAGUGUUUCUUUAAUCUCACUCAAGCGCGUGGUAUGGAACAGAUUCAAGACCAGGUCUUUGAACGAAUGCGUCAACCACUUCUAACGCUCAUGGCUGGUGGAAGUCACGAAAUCAAUUAUUGUGUGCUUCAUCAUAUUCUUCUGCUUGUGACCAAAAAGCCACAUGUGUUUAGUCGUGAUUAUCGUCAAUUUUACAAUCGAUACAACGAGCCUACACAUGUUAAAUACGUCAAGAUUGACAUUCUAGCUCUUGUUGCUGAUGGUGCCAAUGUCGCUGACAUAGUCACUGAAUUAAGCGAAUAUGUAACAGAUGUAGAUCAGGAGCUUGCUCGCCGUGCUAUUCGUGCGAUUGCUGAUAUCGCAGUUAGUCCGAAUCUCUUAAAGAAUACAAUUCCUCAGCAAUACCCCGGGGGUGGUAACGUCCCCGAGGCUUAUGGCCAGCAUGCGGCUGAACGAUUAGUGGAGCAGAUGCAAGAUCAUAUAUUAGAUACAAUGGUGGACUUUUUAGAGCUUGAUCUCGACUACGUGCGUGAUGAAAGUCUGGUUGUUAUGAAGGACUUACUGCGUAAAUAUCCAGACAAGCGCCACGAUGUUUUACCUGUUCUGUGUCGGAUAAUUUCUGCAGUUGGACAGCCUGCCGCAAAGGCUGCAGUUGUGUGGAUGCUGGGGGAAUUUGGCCAGGACUUACGUCGCGCACCUUACGUAUUAGAAAAACUUAUUGACGACUUUAAUGACGAAGCUUCGUCUUCAGUUAUCUUGGAGCUUCUAGCUGCAGUGAUGAAGUUGUUUUUUAAACGUCCACCUGAAAUGCAAAGCAUGUUGGGUCGUCUACUUGGAUCUGCUAUCAAUGAAUCGAAUCAUCAAGACGUGCGUGACCGUGCAUUGCUCUAUUAUCGAUUACUGGAACAGCAGCCAACGGAUCAGGCUGCUGCAAUUGUAGCUCAAUUUCGCUUAGAAGAGACAGUUAGUGUGUUUGCUGAGUCAAUUGAAACGGAUUUGAUGGACAAGCUCUUUCAAGAGUUUAACUCGCUUGCUGUUGUGUACAAUAAGCCAAGCGAGCUCUUUGUAUCGCCAACGCAUUUGGCAGGUCCUGCUGCGCCUCUUGAUGACGAAGCUGAAAGAGAGGAAGCAUCUAGUAUGGAUCUACUUGAUAUGGACUUUAGCUCGACUUCGAAUGGCCCUCCAAAACCUCCAACAACUCUCACGCUCAUUCCUUCGCCUGUCAUGGAUGCUGCAACGUUUCAGGGUCAAUGGGGUAGUCGACCAAUUGUAGCAGAAGUUGUUGUCCAACUUCCAACGUUACCUCCACAAAACGAGCUCGAACAAGCGUUUGCAUCACGCGGCAUCGUCACGAUGGCUUCAGGUGACGUUGGUCCACAAUACAAGUUUUUUUUCUAUGCUCAAGACACGCAAGGUCGAUACUAUUUGUCCGAAACGCUUGUUGAAAAGGCUAAUCGUACAUUUCGAGCAACGAUCAAAGGCGUAGAUGAGGCAUCAGGAAGUCAAUUUGCAGACUUGAUGCGUCGUGUUCUCUUUGGAUAA